UCAAAAUAAUAAUAUCAGAGCUGAGCUCUCUCAUCUGUUCUUUACUCCCAUCUGUCUUCUUCGUCACCCUCAGCCCCAUGGGGACUCAAGCUCCAAACAACGACUCUUAUGACCGCUCUAACUCUGCUGAAGAGACAAUAGCUAAGCAGAAGGAAAUAGAUGACUGGCUUCCAAUUACUUCUGCAAGGAAUGCAAAAUGGUACUACUCAGCUUUUCACAAUGUUACAGCCAUGGUUGGAGCUGGUGUGCUCAGUCUCCCUUAUGCAAUGUCCGAGCUUGGAUGGGGUCCUGGUGUUACUGUACUAGUCCUCUCAUGGAUCAUCACACUUUACACUCUCUGGCAAAUGGUUGAGAUGCACGAAAUGGUUCCGGGGAGACGUUUCGACAGAUACCAUGAGCUGGGUCAGUAUGCUUUCGGUGAAAAAUUGGGUCUCUAUAUUGUGGUUCCUCAGCAACUUGUGGUUGAAAUUGGGGUCAACAUUGUCUACAUGGUCACUGGAGGAACGUCAUUGCAGAAGUUCCAUGACACUGUCUGUAAGAGCUGCCAUAAGAUCAAAUUGACCUACUUUAUUAUGAUCUUCGCCUCAGCUCACUUUGUGCUAUCCCAUCUCCCCAACUUCAACGCUAUUUCUGGAGUAUCUUUGGCAGCAGCAGUCAUGUCCUUGAGUUACUCUACAAUUGCCUGGGCAGCUUCACUGAAAAAGGGUGUUAUAGAAAAUGUAGAUUAUAACUACAAGGGUAGCAGCACUGCAGGAAAUGUGUUUAACUUCUUCAGUGCCCUUGGGGAUGUGGCUUUUGCCUAUGCUGGGCACAACGUGGUGCUGGAGAUCCAAGCGACCAUCCCAUCCACACCAGAGAAGCCAUCCAAGGGUCCUAUGUGGAAAGGAGUUGUAGUGGCCUAUAUAGUCGUGGCUUUGUGCUACUUCCCAGUUGCUCUCAUUGGUUAUUGGAUGUUUGGAAACCAUGUUGAUGACAACAUUCUCAUCACAUUAGAGAAACCAGCAUGGCUUAUUGCUAUGGCUAACAUGUUUGUCGUUAUCCAUGUUAUAGGAAGCUAUCAGAUUUACGCAAUGCCAGUAUUUGACAUGAUUGAAACCGUGUUGGUGAAGAAACUGAAAUUCAGGCCUACUAAAUUGCUUCGCUUUGUCGUGCGUAAUGUAUAUGUGGCUACCACAAUGUUUCUUGGCAUCACGUUCCCAUUCUUCAGCGGUCUCCUAGGGUUUUUCGGGGGAUUUGCUUUUGCUCCAACGACAUACUUUCUUCCUUGCAUCAUGUGGCUUGCAAUCUGCAAACCAAGGAGAUUUAGCUUGUCUUGGUGGACCAAUUGGAUCUGCAUUGUGGUUGGAGUGUGCUUAAUGGUUGUGUCACCCAUUGGAGGAUUGAGGACAAUCAUAAUUAAUGCCAAGACCUACAAGUUUUACUCUUAAAAAGUAAAAACCUUCACUCACCCAAGAGUGAUGCAUAUCAUAGAAACGAAUGAGGCACAUGGAUGUGUAUUGUAGAGCCUGACUCCUCGGAUUUACUGGCAAAUCAUGGCAACUGAUCGAAAUAGGUUGGCUCAUGAUGCAUCUAUCAACCAGCUGAUGGAAAAGAUAACUACGAGCAGAGGAAUCUUAUUAUAUACAUUGGCUUUGUGUUUUCUUAAUUAUUAUUAUUAUUAUAAGUACAUAUUGCCUUUGUGCUUUUUAUGGGAAAACUGGAAUAAUAGUCCCCUUUUGUGUGAAUUGGCAUUGAUUUUCCAAAAAUUUGCCAUUGUCCUUUUGUCUCUGGUCCAAGAUUAUCUGGGAAGGAAUUGGGUGGGGGACCUCUGUUU